UGAAAAAGCAUUUUUUUACUUAGGUAGUACCUACUACACGUUUUCUACAUGUUACCUUUAUUAUAAUAAUAAAAAAAUAAAAAACAAUACAUACGAUGGAAUUUAUCGAAUUAAUAUUGAUCAAUAAAUUAGACGGUGUAAUUUUGAAAUACCCUCAUCAUGAAAACGUAGACGGGACUGUAUGUAUAACAGGACAUCAUCUUAUUUUGAGUUCCAGAAAAGAGGGCGUUCGAGAAUUAUGGCUUCUUCAUAAGAACAUAGACAGCAUAGAGAAAAAAGAAAACAAACCAAGUGGUGGAGUCACACAGGGUGGAUCCCUAUUCCUAAAAUGCAAGGACUUGAGAAUAUUUCAGCUAGAUAUUGCUACCACAACUGAAUUGAACCUUAUGGCGCAGACAUUAGAGAGCCUCUCUAAUUUACAGGACCCUAGACUGUUCUACCCAUUUUUCUACAGACAUAUGCACCCUAUAGUUGAAAAUGGAUAUACUCUAUACAGUAUAGAAGGUGAAUUCACAAAAGUACUGGCUUCAGAAGAAUGGAGAGUAUCUCGUGUCAACCACAAAUAUACUGUUUGUUCAAGUUAUGGAAAAGCAGUUGUCGUGCCAAAAACCAUUGAUGACAGUACACUCACCAUUGCGGCUAGCUUCAGGCAGGGUGGCAGAUUCCCUGUGUUGUCUUACAGGCAUAAUAAUGGGGCGGUAUUGAUGCGUGCAGGCCAACCUCUGUACGGGCCCAAACACCGGCGUUGUCGAGCGGAUGAAGCGAUUCUCAACACCAUAGUAGCGGUCGGCACUAAAGGAGUCAUUUAUGAUUUAAGGAGCUCUAACUCAAUAUCACAGCAGCAGAAUAAAGGUGGUGGUGGUACAGAAAGCAGCUCGAAUUAUUCACAGUGGAAAAUAUACAACAGAUCGAUGGAUGAUGUAGACAACCAACAUCAACUAUUAGAUAGCUAUUCGAAAUUAAUCGAAGCGUGCAAUGACAAAGACAUUUCCAGCGAUAAAUGGUUAUCGAAACUGGAGUCAUGCGGAUGGCCCGAAAGCGUGAGGAACUCCUUACAUACUGCCUGUAUUGUAGCACAGCAUAUACAUCAGAAAGUGGAGCCCGUUCUCGUCCAUGGCACGCGGGGUGAAGAUGCCACGUUACUCGUGUGUUCUCUGGUGCAAAUUAUAUUGAAUCCAGACUGCAGGACCAUCAGAGGUCUCCAAGCGUUGAUAGAGCGCGAAUGGCUGCAGGCGGGCCACCCGUUCGGGUCCCGCCUCCGCUGCGGGCCGUACGCCGCGUCGCAGCCGCGCGCCGCCCCCACUUUCUUAUUAUUUUUGGAUUGCAUCAGACAGUUUCUGGAGCAGUUCCCCUGCAGCUUCGAGUAUCGACAGUCUUAUUUGAUCACGCUUUUUGAACACUCUUAUGCUAGUCAAUUUGGUACGUUCUUAUGCGACAACGAACAAGAGCGGGAAUCGCGUGGCGUGUACUCGCAGACGACCAGCACGUGGUCGUGGCUGAACCAGCCGCGCGAGCUGCCCGCGCACAUCAGCCCGCUGUACGACCCCACCCCCGGCGUCAUCUGGCCCUCCGUCGCCCCCAUGAGCUACGUCAUAUGGGAAGAACUAUACCUGAGAUGGCUCGUGGAACAAAACACCGAACAACGCGAAGAGCAAUACAAAGUGAUACGUUCGAGAGAACAGCAACUACGAUCCCAAGCGCAGCAACUUCGUCGGGAACUAUUCGAUAUCGCGAGCCAAUACUAUAACGACGGGAAGAACGAAUCGAAGGAAGCCGCUAAAUAACACAGAAGUAGGGGCCGAUCGCCGCGCGCUCGUCCAAUCAGGUACGGUCUAGUCUUGGGCGAUAUUUACGAUUUCGAAAUUAUAUUUUCAUAGUCAUCUAUUUUGGAUAUCGUAUAUGUAAAAAAAAAACACCAAUAGUGGAAACAAUAUCAGAGGACUUAUAGGUUCUCUGAUAUUUUUUUCUGCUUUUAUAUAUUUCUAUAUAACCAAUUGUCAUGGCGAUAACUAUGUGUAUUUAUAUGGUGACAUGGAAAUCUAUUCUUAAUUAGAUUACUUACCAAGUUUAUAUUUCUAAUUAGGUUUGUUAUAAAUGACAUACAUGCUUUUUAACUAAAUGUAAAUUUAAUGUAGAUGAAAAAUUGGAGCUAGAGUGGGAUUCGAACCCACGUAUCUACAAAUCCGAGGCAGCGGCUCUUCUGUCUGAGCUAACGAGGACCCCACUCGGUUGAGUAGGGAUGUCACACGAUUCUGAAAUUAUAAAUUAAAAUAGUGUUACUACAGCUAAAAUAUCAAUCGAAAUGAUAGCCGGUCAAGAAACUUAAGGAGUAAAAGUUAAAUCGUUUAUUCAGAAAUUAGACCUUAACUUUCACGUCCAAUUUUAUAUUAUAUAGUAAUUUUUCGGAACGACCACUGCUGAGCAAUGCCGUAAUAAUAGAUCUCAAAAAGUAUUAUUUGUCCCUUGCCAAACAGAGUGUUUUAUAAGCGAUGCUUUACGGCGUAAUAAAAGUAAAAAGUUAAUUGUAUUUGGAUUCUAGGUAUUUGGAUUUGAGAAAAUAAUUUUUCUAAUUAUACAGUUGCAUUGUUUAGAAAAUAUACCGAAAUGCGUUGAUAUGCGUUGUAUAUACUCUGGCACCCAUUCAGAGAAUUUAGUUAUGUCCCACAUUUUAAAUUUAAAUAUAAUUCAUGUUUGUUCUCAGCAGUUUUAAAUACAAUAAUGGAUACAAAGAAUUUGUUGUCUGGUACUGUCACCCACUGUGGUCACACACUCCACAUAGGUAGUUAUAAGGAAGUUUAAAAUUUACCCUCUAGUCUAAUGUCAAAACUGGGUUUAUGUAUUCUUAUUUCACUAUAUACGUCUUUUCAACCAUACAUGUGUCUACUAGUGGACUACCUGUACUUAUGUAAUUAUUAUGAAAGUUGUUUUUUAUGUAAAUAUAUAUUAUGUGCAAGUUUGUAAACGUUUAGAUAAGAUAUUCAUAAAGAUUAAUUUUAUGUUCCAUUAACAGAAUAAGGUAAUUUAAUGUCAAUUUUACAUUGUAACUUAUUAUGGAUUAACUAGGUAUUAAAAUCCUAUGUUCUUAUCGUAAAUGCUAACAGAAAUGUAUGCCGCAUGUAUUAUGUGGUUAUUCAUAAUGAAAAGUUAAAAUAACUUAUGAAUAAAUCAUGGUUUAUAAAAAAAAUCAUCUGAGAAACUGUAAUGUGCUUUCAGGCUUAAAUAAGGCUAAUUUCGAAAACAAGGUGCUUUGCUUAUGAGGAAAUGGUCAAUAUAACUGCUAAGGCAUGCUAUAAAACUUAAACUGAAAACUGCGACGCUGUCAUAAAGGGCUCAUAAAGGUUUACUGAACGUUUGUACCCGCCAUAAAAUAUACGACGGCGCAGAAUAUCAAAGCAUUAUUUCACCCAAUUAUUAAAUUUUAGCUUCAUUUUUAUAGCGUAAAAUUAUACGAACUAGAUCUUAAACAAUUUAUUAUAAAUUAUAUAUUAAAUAUAUACACAUAAACGUUUAAUUAUAGAUGCUUAAGAGAAAGAAAUAGAAUAGCUCUAAAACAGUAGCCUAAGCUCAGGAGCGUGUAUUUUUAAGAAAUGUAAGCACCAAAAUUAAUGUUAUAUGUAUUUAUGAAUGAAUUAAGAUAUACAUGACACCAAUUAACAAUUUAGAUAGGAAGGAUUUCAAGACUGCAUUACUGUUCCUUCGCGACGCUUUCGUUCCAUGACAUAUACGUGACAAAUCUUGCCUAUUUAUUAACGGUGUUAUACAUACCAAUAUAGAAUCACUACACUAUAGUAUCCGCGUCACUUUGGUUAGCAUAGCACAUUAAACAUAGUACAUUAAACAUAGUAUAAUCCAUUUAAUUUAGGCACUAGUGGGAUGAAAACAAUUUUUUAUAUAUAAAUAAGACAUUUAAAAAUAUAGAAAAUGAAAAUUUGCUUUCUGAGCGACAAUAAAAUCACAUUUUUUUACACAUGUUUUUAAAUUUAAUUUCGUUUGAUUUUAGCCUGUCAAAAAGAACAUAUUAAUAUAUUAAGUUGGUAUAAUAUUAUCCAAUAUAUAGGUAUACUGGAAAUCUACCAUGGUUCUUACUGUCGUAAAAUGUUUUAUGUUUUACGUGUAUAGUGCCCUAAGAGUUAUGGCUACGAUCAUAAUGUAACGGGUGCUAGUCGUGAACAUAUUUUUUCUGAUAAAAGUUUGUGUAGAUUUAUUAUUGAAAUGAAAAUAAUUACCGUAUACUAUGCAGUUUGAUUAAGACUUAUCAAUAUACCUUUGAAUAUAAUAGUAAAUCUUCUAUUGUCAAAUAUUUGUAU